GUUGAAUUUUCGCACGCGUCGCGUACGUACUCCGGAUGGGCAGCCCCAGGCAUUCCCCACACACAGUGACGCACUGCGUCAUGCUCUGCCUUUGGCAGUGUCUGCUGCUGUUCUUGUCACACGUGAGGGCAACAGCAGCAACAGCUGACGAUGAGUUGUCUUCCGCCUACGCAGAGACAUUCACUUGCGUCAUACGCGCCACGCUCUACAUGACGCCGGCAUGGGAUCGCAGCGCCCAAGACUUUGGCCUGCCGCUGGACAUUGAUUGCUCCAGAAACAGCACGCUGGAGGCACUGACAGCCUUCGACCUUGGCGCCCAGCGUGUCGCCGGCAAGAGUCAUGUGCUGCUGGAUGGGACGCAGACGCCGCCACUUGGCGUGGCCAGCUAUGGCCUGGAGUAUCUGGACAAUUGUCCCCAGCUGCAGAGCAUGCAGAUCGAGCGAUUUGUGGGUGACUCCACGCUCAGGUUGGGCUGCGGAGGUCCCAUUCUCAACAAGAUGACAGCCGUGUCCAUUAGGAACAAUGAGCUGGGCACGCUGAGUGGGCAUAGCUUCGAGCAGCUGCCUCAUUUGAGGUGUCUUCGGAUGGAGAGCAACUCCCUGAGGUACAUGGAACCGCUGCUGGGCUGUGAGGAGCUCCAAGAGCUGAGCAUCAGGCAGGAGCAGCAAUUGGCUCUGAAGGAUGCUCAAGUGUUGGCACAGCUGCCGCAGCUACAAAAACUUCAACUGAGGCAACUGAAGCUGAUUGCAGCGGAGUUCUUUGAUUUAAUGCCUGACAAUCUCACGGAACUCAGUGUGGAGAGUACAAAAAUAGGAAAGGGAAGUCUGCUGCUGGCAAAUGGAACAUCCCAACUGAUAAAUGUGUCCUUUGUCGAUUGUCAACUGCAGGGAUUUGGGCUUGUACACAAAGGAAAUCAAAGUUUGCUCCAUUUAAACCUGAGUGGCAAUGCCCUGAGCUCUCUAGAACUGGCUGAAAGUUCGCUCUUAACGUUGGAUCUCAGUCGGAAUCAAUUGGUGAACCUCAAUAGCAGCUGGUUCGUUGGAUUGCCGCAACUCCAGGAGCUACGCUUGCAGCAGAAUCGUCUGCAAACGUUGUCCCUGCUGCAGUUGCUGCAAAUUGCACCGAAAACGCUGCAACAUCUCGAUCUGCGUUCGAAUCAAUUGAUGAGUCUGAAGGAUGUGGAGCAGCAGCAGCAGCAGCAGCCGCAGCAGUCCCUGCAGCCGCGCAUGUCCAUCGAUGGCAACCCGUGGAGCUGCCAGUGGCUUCUCAACUUCUCGCACUCCCAACCUCAGCUGUUUCGGCUCUUGCGGUACUCCAAAUACAUUUCCCACAUCAAUGUGAAUGGGCUGAGCUGCAGUCCGCAGGCGGCACCCACGAAACCGGCUCGCCCGCUGGGCAGGAUUAUGCUUGUGGCCAGCAACAGCUCAUUCGUGCCGGUGGCACAUCCCAACACGAAUGUCUCCAGCUUUACGGUGCUCUACGGCAAUCCCGUGGAGCUGCAUCGCAGUCAACGCUCGGGCGCUCUCAUCAUUGUCUUCAUGCUGCCGCUGGGCAUCGCGCUGCUCUUCCUGCUGCUCUACCUCUAUCUGCACUGCGAGCGACUCUUCCACUUGUCCUACUACAUGUCGGGCGUGUCGUGCUUUGGCAGCGGCAAGUCCACCAGCCAGCCACGCUUCGUGGAUCAUGUGGACAUUGUGCGCUAUCCCAUAGCAAAUGGCAACUUGGACUUGGAGCCAGCGCUGGAGGAUGGCUACGAGACGCCGGUGAGCUGCAACUGCGCGGGCCACAGGGAUUCCUCCUGUUCGCGCACGCAGCAUGUGACGUACGAGUCACUGCCCGCGGAGCUGCCGUAUCAAGUUUACUCCGAGAUCAAGGAGCUGCCUGAGCAGGGAGAGACAAAAGAGAUGCCGGCGCCCACAGCGCCCAUCUACGACCACCUGUCGUUCGGGGAGGAAGGGGCCACAGCUGUAGAAAAUAGUUCGAAAUAAUUGUUAGCUCUUCCGGCUGCCUGCUGCUUGUUGUUCU